GAGCAAGCCCUGCACAGACACCAGAGCGAACACCGCUGUCACCGAAGAAGCUUCUCCUCUACACCUGCGGAGACAUGGCACCUUGCUCCUCCAACUUCUCCUUCAUGCAACAUGCAGGGAUUUCCGAGAGGGAUAUCAAAUUGCGAAAGCCCGUGGUGGAGAAAAUGCGACGGGAUCGCAUCAACAGCUGCAUCGAGCAGCUCAAGCUCAUCCUGGAGAAGGAGUUCCACAAGCGAGAGCCCAACUCCAAACUGGAGAAGGCCGACAUCCUGGAGAUGACCGUCAGCUUCCUGAGGCAGCAGCUGCAACCCGCCGCCGGAGCGAGCAGCGCCGAUUUCACCCGGGGCUACUCUCACUGCUGGAGGGACUCGCUGCACUUCCUCUCGGCGGGCCCCGGCAGCACGGGGGCCUCGCUGCGGGACGAGAUACACCGACGGGACCCAGGCUCCUCUCCGCUCUCCUCGCCCAGCAGAGGCACCAGGCUGCGGGAGAGCAACGGCGGCGCAGUGUGGAGGCCCUGGUAAGAAGACUCGGGGCCCCCCCCUCGCUCCUCAAUGAGUCGGAAGUACAUUUCCCACCCUUGCUCCUGCCUCAAGGUCUCCUCAUAUUGAUGGAGACGUUGUCAACGCCGCGGCCUCGAAAACCUUCGCUCUGACUGUGAUUCACCAUUGCACCUUUUGUUCUUCGGUUUUGGCGUGACGAUGGUUUUGUUGACUCGUUUACUCCAGUGGAGUUUGGAUAUCUUGCCCGAUUGUAACAGCGUAUCUCUGCCGUAUUGCGUCGUACUGACAGCCCAUGUUGAGAAUAUUUCUCUCUCUUAUCGUCGGAUGAACUAUGCCAAAUUAUAGAAUGUGGAGUCAUGUGACGUCUGCGUGUGAAUGCGUUACUGCUUUUGCUAUGACAUUUGUGCUCAUUUUGUACGACAAUUAACAAUAAAAUGAAACAAUCAUUACCCCCCGAAAAAAA